UAAAGCCAGCGAGGAGGCGGGGUGGGAAUGCUUGGGCUGAAGCAUUAAGGUGGUGGGGCGGAGAGGGCUGUUGCUGAGGUCCGGAGUCCUCUGGUCAGGAGCGGAGCUUAGGUGCGGAGCCGGGGCUGCAGGAUGUCUUCAGGAGAGGAGCCGGGUGAUCUGGCCAAGGUGGUCCAGGUGUUGGUCCUGUCCAGUGCCUGGGGCAUGCAGGUCUGGGUUACCUUCGUCUCAGGAUUUGUGUUGUUCCGGAGGCUGCCUCGACACACAUUCGGACUGGUCCAGAGCAAGCUCUUCCCUUUCUACUUCCACAUCUCCCUGGCCUGUGCCGCCAUCAGCCUGGGCAUCUUCCUGUUCCAUCACCCAUUGGUGAAGCUCAGCUUUACCAUGGCAGGAGUUGGUCAGCUGGGCCUCCUGGCUUUGAGCCUGGCUCUGUCAGCUCUGAAUGCCUGGUGGCUAGAGCCAAGAACUACAGCUGCUAUGUGGGCCCUCCAAGCAAUGGAGAAGGACCGAGGUCUGGGUGGGGAACCCCCAGGACCUCCCCAGGGCCAGGUCCAAGACCCCUACCGUCGGCUUCGGGAGCAGGAUCCCAAGUAUCGGACCCUUCGGCAGACCUUCUUCCACUAUCAUGGCCUUUCCUCCCUCUGCAACUUGGGGAAUCUGCUUAGCAAUGGCGUCUGCCUUGCCUUCCUGGCACUGCACCUCCAAAGCCUGUAGGAGCAGGACCUCUUCUCACUGCUCAAAGGAGGGGUUCUGGCUCCUUCCCUGGGCCCAAAUCCAACCCACAUAGAGCAAGUUCACUUGGACUCUGUUGAGCUGACCCUAUGGGUCAAGCAGCCAAGAUAUAGAGAGCCUUCUUCCUUCCCUAUCCUCUGUCCUUCCAGGGCCCUGGGUUCUAAUUCCUGUCAUGCUGCUAUUUACCCUUUCUCAUCCAGGACACUCUUUAUAGCUCUUCCUCCUUCCUCUGGUUGUUCCAUUUAUUGGAUAUGGCUCUAGCUACCUGAGCCAGAACUGGCAGACUUUCGGCAACUGUGAUUCUAUAUCAUGUACAUCGUAUUAAAAAAAAAUGAUUUCCCACAA